ACAAUUGAAGACGCGCACACUUCCGUAAACUAGAGCAGCAUUCUACUCUUUAUGCUCGUCGGCCAGGCUGCCUCUGUGGAUUUAUGUUCGCUUUGCUUUCUCAGUGAUGGAUCGCAGCAGAUCACCUGACAGAGCUGGCAGAGAGAAAAAACACGAGAAGAAGAAGAAACGAAGACGAUCCUCCUCCUCUUCUUCUUCUUCUUCUUCUUCAUCGUCUUCGUCUUCCUCCUCCAGCAGCAGGAGUCGAAGCAGAUCCUCAAAGAAAACAUCACACAAAAGUCAAGAUGUGAAAACAAAAAGAAAGAAGCCAAGAAGAAGCUCCUCUUCUUCAUCGACCACCUCUUCUUCCUCGUCGUCUUCCUCGUCUUCGAGCGACGAAAAGACAAAGAAGAAGAAAAGUAAAGCCAAGAAAAAGAAGUCGAAGAAGAAGAAGGCGAAGCUGAAGCUGAAGAAACGGAAGAAGAAGGAGAAGAAGGAGAAAAAGAAGAAAGAGAAGCUGAUGAAGAAGGAGAAGGAGAAGAAGAAAGCUGAGGUGGUGUUGCCCAGUCCUCCAGCAGAGCAGCCCCCAUCUUACCUGGAGGUGUGGCAGAGUGAUGAGGAGGCCGUGGAGCUCGGACCUGUGAUGACAGAUGAGCAGAAGGCCCGACUCUCCACCAAGAGGCCUCUCACCAAAGAGGAGUACGAGGCCAGGCAGAGUGUGAUCCGCAGGGUGGUGGACCCAGAAACGGGACGCACCAGAUUGGUGAGAGGAGAAGGAGAGAUCAUAGAGGAGAUGGUCAGCCGAGAAAAACACAAAGAAAUCAACAAGCAAGCCACCAAGGGAGACGGGAAAGAAUUCCAGAGGAAACUGGGAGUGAACAGGUAGAAGAUGCUGUGAUCUACUUCAGGAGUGCAGCCUCAAUAAGCUGCAUUUAUAUCAUGAUCUCAAACGGUUGCCUGGGAUUUCACUGUUCAGUAGUGAAGGUAAAGGGACAUGCACUCUUGAUGUACACUUGAGUUUUUCCAGGUAAAAGACAGUAUCUCCUACUGACUUGCCUUAUUAAAAUCGAUGCUGCAGUUAGUAAGCAACUUUAAUGUUUUGUGUAUACUGUGAUCUGCAAAAGACACUCUAAGCUAGGAAGAUGUUCCAAAUAGUUUUCACAUUUGAUGAAGUGUGUUUUUGUCAAUUUUUUAAAAAGUAUUUCAGUGUGUAUAUUUAAGGUUCAAUCCUGAAUAUACUGCAAUUAAGGUUGUCAGUUUCCUGUACCUUUUUUACUCUGAUGAUGAAACAGACUGACCAUUCAAAUGUUUUCUUCAUUUGAAAUAAACUGAUUUGUGCUGAACAUUACAAAGCUAGUUUAAGUGUUGACUCUGACUCUUUUGGCGACAUACUCUACACCCACUUGUUGAUUUCUACUCACCUUCACAUCCACAUUUUUUCUCUUUAGUUCCCUAAACAAAUCUACCUUUGGGUGAACUGAUACCAGAAAAAUAAAAAAUAUUGUCAACUGCAAUGAAUUGUCCUGUAUUUGAAUAAUUCAUGCUCUCUGAAGCUAAUUGCUAUCAAUCUGAACCAUAUUGUGCUUCAUGACAAUGUUACGGUUUUGAGUGUGAAAAA